AUGGGUACAAGUGCAAGUUCUUCUGUUCAAAUUAAUUAUAACCGGUCGAGCAAUUUCUAUUCAGGUGGUGAACGAGUAGAUGGUAUUGUUUCUUUAACCAAUACACAAGAUAACUUGAAAGUAUGUGAUAUUUUCAUUGAACUUAUCGGCGAACUCGGUUACUCAACGCAAGAGACUCGUUCAAUUACCGAUUCAAAUGGCAAUUCUACAACGGAAAGUUAUACUGAAUAUCAUCGAAUACCAUUCUGGACCGAUCAAAUAUCUUUAGCUCAAUCUAAGGAUGGAGCAUCUAAAACAGUCCUUGGCCCCGGUAUAUAUACGUGGCCUUUCCAAUUUUCUCUUGCUCAGGACUUACCACCAUCGACAAUGCCAAAUCCUGAUAGAUAUCCUCAUAUCAAGUACUAUACUCGCGUUGUUGUCGAUCGACCAUGGUACAAACCGACAAUGCGGAAAAAUUAUCCUCUCAUAGUUUCUCCUCAUACAACUAUUAAUUAUAUGAAUGAAAGUCAACAGCCGAUUUACUUUGGCGAUCAAAAUCGUAAAAAACUCCGUUUGCAAGGAUAUCUGUCCACCAGUAGUAUCGUACCUGGUCAACCACUUUGCUUUCAACUUACUCUCGACAAUCCUGAACGGACUGUGAUCAAAAAAAUAAAAGCAACGUUAGUUCAAUGUCGAUAUAUGAUCCAAGAUCGUCGAGAAGAUAUUAUCCUUCAUACUGAUUUACCAGGCUUGGAUGAAUUUAGCGAUUUAACUCUACAGCGUAAUUUCGAAUUACCUGUAUCUUCUGAAUAUUUAACACCGACGCAUUCAUUUACAACAUCGGAACGUAAUCGAUCUUAUAAUUUCAAUCUUUUCUAUGAACUUCGAUUAGAAGUACGAGCACACGGUGUUUUCACGAAGAUCAAAACGAAAAUUCCGGUUAUUGUCCGAGUGGGACCGAUGAAUGUUGAUCCAAUUGCUUCAUACAAUGAUCUACCACCAAGCUACAAAUCCGUAGUCGGCAACUGA